UUUGUAAUUCAGAAAUUUUUAAGUCAAAUUUAUUACUCAGGAAGUGUUCACUUCACAUCCAUGAUUUUUUGUUAAAGGUUCCUGACGAAGGUAUUAUAUCUACUUUCUCCAAUAUCUAUAAACCCUAAUUUUGAGUUACAGCAUAUCGAAGUCUCUGAUCCAUAGCUAGCCAGCAACUCACUGUGAUUCCAAUGUCAUUCUUAACGUUGAUGAACAGGUUUGUCUAUAAUCACAUAUCCACCAACACACUCUUAAGAUCAUAUUCUUAUUCUGUCAAUCGAUUCAUUCACAAUGAUGUUCAUGUUGAUAAUGCUGUUUCCUCAUUUCAUCGUAUGCUCCAAAUGCCCCAUACUCCAUCCAUCUAUCAAUUUACCAAGAUUUUAGGUUCUCUUGUCAAGAGUAAGCAUUACACCACUGCCAUAUCCCUUUACCGUCAAAUGGAAUUCAAGGGGAUUACCCCUAACUUAUUUACUUUGAACAUAUUGAUCAAUUGUUAUUGUCACCUAAAUGGUCAAAUUACUUUUUCCUUUUCUGUAUUGGCAAAGAUUCUCAAGUUGGGUUAUCAACCAGAUACCAUAACCUUCAAUACUCUCAUGAAAGGUCUAUGUCUUAGUGGCGAUGUUAAAAAAGCACUGCAUUUUCGUGACCAUGUGCUGGCAAAAGGAUUUCAAUUGGAUCAUGUUAGUUAUGGGACUUUGAUUAAUGGCUUGUGUAAAAUGGGGGAAACUAGAGCCGCCCUGCAAAUGUUGAGAGAAAUUGAAGGGAAAUUGGUCAACACCAAUGUGGUAAUGUAUAACACAAUCAUUGACGGUUUGUGUAAAGGUAAAUUUGUAACCGAGGCUUACAAGUUAUAUUCUGAAAUGACCGCAAAGGGAAUUUCUCCUAAUAUUGUCACUUUCAAUUCUCUAAUCAAUGGAUUUUGUAUUGUUGGUCAACUGAAAGAAGCAUUUGCUUUGUUUGAUGAAAUGGUAUUAAAAAACAUCACCCCAGAUGUAUAUACUUUUAGUACAUUGGUUGAUGCAUUUUGCAUGGAAGGAAAUGUGAAACAAGCUAACAAUGUGUUGGCUAUGAUGAUGAAAGAAGGUAUAAAACCAAAUGUUGUUACUUAUAAUGCUUUAAUGGAUGGGUAUUGCUUAGUUAAUCAAGUGAACAAAGCCUUAGAUAUAUUCAACACUAUGGCUGAUAAGGAAGUGACUCCUAAUGUUUGGAGCUACAAUAUCAUAAUUAAUGGAUUAUGCAAGAUCAGAAUGGUGGACGAAGCCAUGAAUCUCUUUGAAGAAAUGCAAAGCAAGAAGAUUACACCUGAUACAAUAGCUUACAGUUCUCUUAUUGAUGGUUUGUGCAAAUUAGGGAGAAUCUCUCAUGCAUUGGAGCUUGUUGAUGAGAUGCAUGAUAGAGGCCAACCUGCCAAUGUAAUCACGUACAAUUCCUUGUUACAUGCUUUAUGUAAAAUCCAUCAUGUCGACAAGGCAAUUACAUUAGUCAAGAAAAUUAAAGACCAUGGCAUUCAACCAGAUAUGCACACAUACAAUGUAAUUAUUGAUGGACUAUGCAAAGAAGGAAGACUUGAAGAAGCACGAGUGAUUUUUCAAGAUCUUUUGAUUAAAGGCUAUAAGAUAACAGUCUUGACAUAUACUAUUAUGAUCAACGGUCUUUGUUUAGAGGGAUUGUUUGAUGAAGCUAUUGCCCUGCUGUCGAAAAUGAAAGACAAUGGUUGCAUUCCUGAUGCUGUAACUUAUGUAACAAUUAUCCGUGCUCUCUUUGAAAAUGAUGAGAAUGAUAAUGCAAAGAAACUUCUUCAUGAAAUGAUUGCUAGAGGUCUAUUGUAAGAGAAGCACUAGUUAAGAUUAUUUCUUGUAACUUAUUUGAUGAUAAUGGUCUAAUGUUUAUUUUUUGUUUAAAUACUUACUUGAUAGUUACAUAUACAAGGGAUGAUCGGCUACACAAUGAGCUCAUUACCAGUUUAGUUUUAAUGAAAAGUCAUGUGUUAUGUUCA